AUGAGUGAAGAUGAAAGUGAAUUGGAUGAUUUACUUAUUUCUGAAAUUUUUGAAGAUUAUUCUCUGCCAAAAUAUGAACCAUAUCAAGAUAAAAAAGAGCUCAAUAUACCAGUGACUGCAACAGAUUCUCUAAUAAAAUUUAUGAAAUUAGUUCUAACUGAAAUCGGUGGUGAUAA